UGCUAAAAAUGUAUGGAUAAUGACAAUAAAAGUUAGCAAACGUGUCCUUGCCGAAAACAUGCUAAAGUUUUCGGCGUUUGCCAUCGCGAUCGUCAUUUCGCUUACAAUAUUCUAAUAAAUUCUAUUUUCGGCCAAAAUACCCUAUUGGUUUGGUUUUAGUUAAGUUUGGGGUUUUUUUUGCGUUUCUCUUUAGAAACAAGUUAAUUUUUUAAAAUGUUGAAGUUAUUUUUUAUUAGAACUUAAUUAACAGUUAUUUUAUAAUCAUACAUCAUGUCCGACCCUACGAUACAAACAUUCUGCUGCCAUCAUACCGGCAACAAAGAAGACCUAGCUGUGAAAAUCAUGAGUGAAUUUAAUACUGAUUCCUACAAUACUGUAUGUUUAGUAUCAUCUGCUGUUGGUAUGUUAGGAGCUAUGUACCAGGUGAUACCGACCCUUAUUCAUAAAGGUUUGCAGCGCUCUACAGGUUCUACAAGAGGGAGACGGACUAUUAUUUGGUUAGCCAUAGCAGAUUUACUGGCCUCUUUUGGUGUCUUGGUUCGUUCCUCUCUCUGGUUAAGGUUUAAAAAUAUCAUGCCUAUGCCUGAUGAUGACGUUAGUGUUCUAUUUUGCAGCAUAAUUUCUGCCUGGACACAAUACUUCUACACUGCUACUUGGUUCUGGACAUUAUUCUAUGCUGUAGACACUUGGCUCAUAAUAAAAGGUCGUGAUUCACAUCCUACUCUGUAUCACUCGUUGGCAUGGGGCAUACCAGCUGCAACAACAAGCAUAGGAUUGUCUAUUCUCUAUAUUCCUAAUGCUACGUGCCAUAAUUUGACUUCUGUUACAAGUGCACUAUACAAAAUAUUGCCUAAUUACUGUGCCACUUAUGUUCCAAUAUCUAUAGUAAUGAUAGUUAACCCAGUUAUGUAUAUGUUGUCAAGUAAGAAUGUGGAGAUGGCAGUAUCUUUACCAUUGGCUCAGUUCACAAGCAAAGAAAGAAGGGUAGUUGAUACUUUACGAGUGAAGUUCCUAUUUAUAAAUGUAGUGUUCUAUGUAUGUUGGCUACCCAAUCUUAUUAACGGUAUAUUAUUGUGGACAAUGUGGUUUAAUAUGCCAGUCAAAGUUAUUAUUGUCAUAUGGUAUAUUAUGGCAUUAUUGAACCCCAUGCAAGCACUACUGAAUGCUCUGGUUUACCGAAAAUGGAGUUUUCACAGUCGAAGUCUAGAAUCCAACUUAUUGAAAGACUCUGGGAAAGAGUUUAAUUUUUAUGAUGAACAAUCACCUCUUCUCGGGUCCGAACCACCUCGAUUGCAUAUGACGCCAAUUCCUCCCAGCAUAAAUAAUUAUGCUACUUUGUAAAAUCGAUAUUUAUAUGUAGGCUUAUAUUAAUUAAUCUAAGUAUGUGGGUAUUGUCGCCUAAAAUUUUAAAAGGUUUGUAUCAAAGGCCAGAUUAACUUUUAUAGUGCGUCACACUAUAAGAAACGAGCACCUAAGAAACAGCGAAAAAUAAUAAAUUAGUCAGUCUGUGAUACUUGAAAAAUAAAAUCCGAUUGAAAGACAUACAAUAGAAACAAGUCAUAGAAGACACAAAUAUGUAUCUUAUCAUAAUAUCUUAUACCUAUGCUAUAUCGUCCAGUUAGAGCAUGUUAUACACUUUGAAAACUUAUUUAUGAGAUGUAUUUUUAAAGUAUUAGAAUUAAGGACAGUUUACUACGAAAUAGCAUUGUAUACGAAUUGUGCAUUAUACCCCUAGGCCACACACAUUUAACACCCCAAAAGAUUCGCGGUAUUGCGAUGUGUAUGUACCUAAGCAAGGACUGAGUUAAUCGCAAGGGCUUCGCUCUGCUGUUGCUCGAAUGUUACAGUGUGUGGCCGAGGGAUUACGCGGUAAAUGCCAUUGUAAUGCGUAUUGUGAUUUAAUUUUAUACACCUGAGUUUAAGUUGAUUUAUUGUUGUUAUGCACAUUUUUUAUGGUAUUGAUGUUUUUGAUGACUUUUUUUAUACAAAAUAUAUUGCAUUUAUAAAUUUUA